CCUUCGUCAGCUUCCUAUCUAUCUAUCCAUCCGUCCGUCCACCUACCAUCCUCGUCCUGCCCGCGAUACUUCCUCCUCGAUUAAUAAUUCGAUCCCAGAGAUCCUUUAGCUUCCUCGAAAUUUUAAAAAUUCGAUAAAAUACUCCUCGAUUCUUUCUCUUCUCUCUUGGCGCGAGGGAACAAGCGUGUGAAGUGGAAACUUUGAAUCAGUGAUCAGUGCGUUUGAAUAGAAAUAGUUUGAAAAAUGAAUUUCCCCUCCCUCUUCCAUUUUUUUUUAUUCUCUGUUGAAUCAGAAUUUUAAUUCGGACGGAAAUUUGAAACGAGGCGAGACAACGUUUACGUUUUAAUUACGUUCGAUUUGAGGAGUAUCGAGAGAGUGGAGAGUCGCAAGAUGGUGCUUGCCAGGUAAACGGAAACGGAGGGAUUCGAGGUACGUAAGGUUGAUGGAGUAUAGUGGAGGUGUGGUGAUCGUGGUUUCCGCUCGAGAGGAUAAACUGGUAUUGUGCAGGUAAUUGGUUCAAGGGGGGGGGGGUCUUAUUUGUUGACGAUUAAAAGGCGUAAAAGCUGAAGUCGGGAAGUCGGCGCAGUCGUAAAAAUAAAUCGAACGUAAGACGGAUAACUCGGUUGGGCAAUCGUAUUCUAUGUAUUCGAGAAUUGGCGAACUGUCAGCGGCAUAAUUUUGUUCUGCAAGAAAAAAAAAUUCUCGUGGGGAAAAGUGGAUCGCAAAUAUAUGAACGUCGAGAGGUGGAAACGUUGAUCAUCGUUGUCGUCGCGAUGAAUGAAAAAUUUUCAUCGAACGGAUGGCGAGGAGAAGGAUGGAACAAAUCUGUAUUUGUGGACGUUGAAUGUGCCGCGAAAGUGUAACAUGCGAUCGACACAACGUGUCGUCCACAGUUUGUUUCUCUGUAGUGAUAUGACGGAAAAAAUGAAGUUGAACGAAACGAGAGUGUAGUGAAAUGAAAAUGGUGAGCACCAAUCCAUCCUUAGGGGUGGUCACUCUGAACAGAGAAAGGAACACUUUUCGCGGUGUGCCCAAGGCUGAAAUCGAGCGCAGAACGAACACGCUUCUCCAGGCUAUGACGAUCGAAGAACUCUAUGCUGCCCUAGUUUUUAUGACCCAGCAUCAAAUAGGCUACGACGUAUCCAACGAGUGCAAACUGGAGACUCUCUUGAACCAUCUUCAAAAUGCGUUCAAAGUCGACAAUGAUGUGCACGAGAGAGUUCUGGACGAGACUAGAAACAUGGAGCCACCGGAAAUGCACUUGUGCGUCGAAGUGAUCGAAGCCAAAGAACUCGUGUCCAAAGACGCCAAUGGCAAAAGCGACCCUUUCUGCGCCCUUUACUUAGAAUCAGCUCCCACGAGGAGGUACAACACUGCCGUAAAAACGUCCACCCUCAGCCCUGUUUGGGAGGAACACUUCGAACUUCCCCUGGAGGAUCCAGAGAAUGAUGUACUAUUUCUAGAAGUGUGGGAUUUUGACGCUGCUGAAACAGUUCCUGAAAAAAUGAGUAAAGUGAAAGACGUAAAGGGUGUUAGGGGGUUGGUGAAAUUAGCGAAGGAGAUUGCGGUCACAGCCACGACUGGCAGCCACGAUAACGAAUUCAUCGGUCGCUGUAGAAUACCUCUUAAAGAUAUACCGACGACAGGCCACACAAUGUGGUAUUCCCUCGAGAAGAAGAACAAACCAAAGAGACGGGGUGUGGUGAAACUGAGGUUGGCCUUCAGUGCGGAGCACAAUGCAUUGGUGGCCGCCCAAGAGCACAGACACCUGAUCAGAGUGCUAUUGUUGUACGAAUUAGAGACGGAGAAAAUAGAGAAAUACUGUUGGAGUGGGCGAUGGUCGGCACCCGCGGAAGUUCUUCUUCUUCAGCACAGCGCGCAACGCGGUUUGCUGGCUAGAAACGUGACGCUUGCUCAAUGGAUAGAAUACGCGAGGAUUCAUCAGGAGCAUCCCCUCAACUUCACCGUGUUCAAUAAAUUGGUGGUCGAUCUGUUGAGGCCUAUGGAGAACGGUCUCUUCUCCCCAGAUGAAACCAGAUUGUUUUGGGACGCUACGAAAAAAUUGUUGUACUCUUGUCUUAACAGUAUUCGCAAGAUCAGGAGAUUCACGGUUGGCGAUAAGAAUGCUAUGGCACAAUUGUCCGCCAUUUUGGGAAUACUUUCAUCCCUUUCAUCCCUUAAAGUUCCCGAGGACGUGAAUCUGUUUCCUGGAAAGAUGUACCCUUGGUUCCCACACUCUGAUGAGAAAUUAAGUAUCGUUCAAGCUUUGGAUUACACGGUUGAACAGGGUGGUAUUGAAUGGUUCGAUCACAUAUUGAAUAAUAAUUAUCCAGAAAGCGAAUCGGACGAAGAUUCGUUAAAGUAUCAUAUCAAAGUGAUUCAACUGGUCAGAGCAGAUUUACAAAAUGCUAUCGAUAAUUACGAUAAAUUGUUUAUCAAACGAAUCAAUUUCCCCUACGCUAGAUGUUUGUACGUGAUGUACGAAAAGAGGGUCAGCGGCUUGUGCAGGAUUAUCGUACAAGAUGUUUGUAGUAGAAUGAAGAGGAUCGAACUUGAAAACACUGAUGUCGAAUUGAAUUUGGGAACGACAUUGUUCGAAUUGUAUCUCACGUUGCAGAGAUUCGCUAUGCUUGGACAAGUGCUGUGCGCUGAAGGGCAGUUAGAAAGAAUGGAAGUGCAAAAUUAUCACGAUUGGUUCAGGGCUGGCGUGGCACACUGGCUCGACAUAGCUGUGUACAAAGCUUUGAAACGAAUUGAUAGAGCCGUGGAAUUCGACACCCUCCAAGCAGUUGAUAACACCGUCCAAUACAGCUCGAGUGCUGUGGACACGUUAACGAUAUUCUAUCAAAUCAAAGUUUUCUGGACGCAGCUUGCGUGGCCGGACAUGGAGGGCUCCUACACUUUCGUAGCUAAAAUUAUUGAUGACAUCUGCAAAUGUUCAAUAGCGUAUGCAGACAAGAUGGCGAAGAAGGCAGAACUGACCACGGAAUUGGAACAAUUGUCGGAGGGCAGUGUAUACGAGAAGAAAUUUUACGUGUCGACAGCGUGGUGUUUCGCGAUAAACAAUAUUGAUUACAUCAAAACAUCGAUCGGCCCAUUGGCCCACGAUCUAGGAUUCCAGAGUAUCGUGGACGCGUUCGCAGAGAAGAAAACCCAACAAGAGGCGGACAGGUGUCAACAGACGCUUCAAUUGAUCAUUGACAACGCGACCGAUACUGUUAAGAAUAAAAUUAUAGAAUUAUUACAGGUUGUCGCCAAUAAAAUGUCACCUGCCAUGAACAGGUUUCUCAUGGAGGGUGCAGAGUUGAUAGACACCACCAGCAAUUCCAUGGAUCGACUUUUACAAUAUUUAGACACGAAUCUAACAACGUUGCACGACAAUCUCAACGAAGACAAUUUCGAGAGAAUCUUGUUCGUUAUUUGGGACAUAUUGUCAGAAAGUUUGUACCAAUUAGUGCAUAAUAAUUUGGAGAAAAGGAGACCACCAUCGUUCUAUUCGAACCUUCAUCGCACACUGCACACCCUUAUUCGAUAUUUUAAUAUCGGAGCUGACGAGGCAGCAAACGUUAAGGUGUUGGAGAAGAUCGAGCAUCUUUUGGAGCUUCAUGGCCUCGAGACAGCCGAGUUGAUACAUCGUUACCACCAAGAGCGAAUAAAAGAGCAAAAUGACUUGGAAGAAUCCGAAUACGGGCAGAUCACCGUGAAGGCGCAAUUCGUGGAUAACUCGUUGAAUAUUCAAAUCUUGAACGCGAGGAAACUGCGACCUGUUGACAGUAAUGGCGAUUUGGUAGGCAAGGUGUCUACUCUCAAACGCAAGCUUCAUACAAAAUCUAAACAAAGACAGAAAGAAUGGAAGACAAGUAGUUGCGAUUCGUACGUGAAAGUGAGACUUCUUCCGGAGGAAAAAUUCACCGACGUGAAAUUACCUAAAACUCAUGUGCAAAAGGAGAAUUUGUACCCCCUGUACGAUGAAAUUUUCAACAUUCCUCUGACCAGCGAGCAAAGAGCUACAGAAAACGCGAUCGUAGCGUUCGAACUGAAAGACAAGGACUUUCUAAGAUCGAGAUUCAUGGCGGAAGCUUUCCUUCCGUUCAGUGAAAUUCCUGAAACGGGACCAGAUCGAGGGAUCGAGUCUCUCGAACAAAUUCAUUUGAAACUUUCGCGUCCUAUAAGGAAAAGUACAGAGGUAAUCCAAGCGUUAGAACACAGAAAGGGGGACAAUCAAGCGACAGAGUUCUUAUCGAAACUCAGCUCUAAGGCUGAACGAAAAUGAUCGUUAUCAUUCGUGAAAAAAGCGACUGAAAUUGUUCGUUACGUUAUGCAAUACAAUUCGUGAGCAACGAAUCAUUAUGAAUUUUCAAAAUAAUCAAAUAAUUAAAAUGAAUCCUUCGCGCGAUUUUCAAUACGAUACGUAAUUAGUUUUCGUAAGUCAUUAAAUUGUUGUUUAAUUAAUUAAUCAUCAGCGCUCACUAAAAUAUCAUCAAAGCUAUACUAAAAUAUUAUUUGGGUAAAGUUACUCAAAAAUGUUUUUACAUUAAUAAUUUAUAAAUUAUACGAUACGUAAUACGUAAUCUUUUUGUUAAUACUUGAAAAAUCGAAAUGCUGUUCAAUUUCCCACGUUAAAUAAACAAGCUUGCCUAACGAAAAUAAUGCAAGAAAAGCAUCGUCGAAUAAUAGACUAUUUUUAUAAAGUUUUUACAAAUUACUUUCAAGACUAAAUCCUAUUUCUAAACUGUGUACGCUUCGAGUAUCUAAUAUCAAGUAUAUUUUUUUUGAAUGAAAGGCAAAACAUCGCAUUUCAAAACUAGAAAAAACUUUAAGGCUGAGUAAGUACUAUUUACAAACAAUAUGCGAAUUUAAUUAUUAUAUAUCGAUACACAUACACACAUCGUUGCAAUAAAUGCUGAAGAAAGAAAUGAAUUGAAGGAUUCAUAUAAAAACUAGCCUAAUAAUUAUUAAAAAAAAAAAAGAGAGA